AUUACACUCUUCUCAAAACAUAAGCCGUGAUAAAAUAAAAUUUGCAUUUCUUCUAAAUUCUUACUGAAGUACCGAUCGUACAAGGCAAUAACGUGUUCCACUACUAACAGCCAACAUCAGUGUGUAGUAAAACAUGUCGGAUAACCAAGAGACGGUUCCCGAUGGUUGGGAGAAGCGCACGAGUCGCUCGACUGGUAUGACUUACUAUCUCAAUAUUUACACCAAAGAGUCACAGUGGGAUCUUCCGACGGCCCCGGCCGAACCGGCCAACACCAACGAGCCCUCUGAGGUGCAGUGUGCACAUUUGCUCGUGAAACACAACAAGUCGCGACGGGCCAGCUCGUGGCGGGAAGAUAACAUCACUCGAAGCAAGGAGGAAGCGAUCGAGAUUCUCGAGUCGUAUCGCAAGAAAAUUCAAUCCAACGAAACCACACUGCAGGAGCUUGCGCAGCGGUACUCGGACUGUAGCUCCGCCAAACGUGGCGGCGACCUGGGGAUGUUCAAACGGGGAAUGAUGCAGAAACCGUUCGAGGAUGCCGCCUUUGCUCUGAAAGUUGGGGAGAUGUCCGAUAUAGUCGACACCGACUCAGGCGUUCAUUUAAUUCUUCGGUUAAAGUAGAAAGAUUGUGCAACAAUCAACUUCUAAACAAGGCAUGAUAUUAGGAGCAAAAGUUUUGUUUUAUUGAAUCAUACUUCUCGUUUUCGUUGCCCUACCCUCGCACUUUAUAAACGGCCGAACGAAAGGUCCCUAAAAUUUCAGUUUUUCGACCAACAGUUUUCCUCCCGUAUGUGUCUGCGCCUUUAGUUGCUUCUUCAAUGGCAGCAACUUCUCACGCAGCAUUUUCUGUACGGCCACGGUAGAAUUUUCGAAUGUAAGCAGUAGCAGGAAAGACGGCCUAUUUUGGGCAAUCCACGUGCUCAACCGCUCGUCGGUCAGGGCUUCGACAAGCGCUUGUCCAAACUGCGAAACGUCUUCACCGUCCUGCUGUCGCUUCUCUUGGUCCAAUUUAAGCAUUUUCUUUAGCGCAAUGUGUAUGCCAGCAUGUUCUACACCGUUAACCAGCGGAUUGGCGGCCAAUUGUUUUUCGCGUGAAGCAGCCUAAAGUUCGGAGCAAUAGAAACGAUGUACGUGUAAAAUUUGGUCAACACAAGCACAAGCAAUAAACUACUUACUUUCUCCUCCUCGAA